AUGAGCCGAAUCAUCAUACGCACAAGCCUGAAGGAAAAGAAAGCAACCUUUACAUCGCUCUGGGAGUACCCCGAAAAACGCUGGGCCUCCAAGCAACCGCCAACGACGAUCGUGAUUCGACGACGACGAACGAAGAGCAGAGAAACUCUCAGAGACGAACGCCUCCUGUUGCACAACGUCGUCGUCACAUACAUUGCACAGUCAGACUUUUAUACCAUGAAGCUCGUUCAAAUUGUUUACUUCACAAUCCUUGCCGCUUCCAGUGUCGCUGCCAGUGUCACUGGGGUAAACAGAGCCAUCGCCCCUCAGAGUAUAACCUGCAACGGCCAAUGCGAAUCCUCUUCAACAGAUUUGGACUGCAAGCAAUGGCCAGGGACAUCGCCUUACCUUGUGGACGACGGGUGCUGGGCGUGCUGUACCUAAAUUAGUUGAACCUCUCGGUCAUUUUUGCUCUCAAUAC